AUGCCUAAUAGAAAUAAUAAUGAUGACAUUCAAGUUGUUGAUGAGAUAUUUUAUCCUGUUUUGUCUUUGCCCAAUGAAAUCGAUUUCUUUUUAUAUGAAAAUGAUUUAUGUAACUUUUUGGAGCAGCCAGUAGUAUAUGUUAGUGGUUAUUUAGCUGCAAAAUUAUUAGAUAGAACGAAAUGUCAGAAAUGUAAAGAUUCGUUAAAAGUUGAUAAACCAGUAGACGACUUAAACAAUUAUAUUAGUUUUAAAGAAUGUUGGAAAGAUUCGAGCUCAUUGUGCUUUCCUUCUAAACCUUUAUGUCAUUUUUAUGUGCUUUUGGUUUCUUUUGUAAUUAUAUUUGUUCUUCGCGUAUCUAUUAUAAAACUAACCUAUUACUUUUCAGGCGAUGAAAAAGCUAACCAAACAUCAUACGAGGUGAAAAGUUUACCUAGUGAGAGUAGUUCUUCUUGCAGCUCGUCACCUAAUUCAAAUUCAUCAGCUGAUUCAGACUCAUCAGAUGAAACGUUUAUUGAAGAUAGUGAUGAUUCUGUCAAAGAUCCGAUGUAUAUUCCACCUGAGCAACUUUUUCAGCAGAAACGUGCUGAGUUCAUAGAGACAAUUGAGUGUUCAACUCCAUUACCAUCUACUUCAACGGCAGAUAGACUCAUAACUCUUUCUGAACCCCCUCCUCUCCCUUACCAGCGUAGUCCUGAGUCGCUAGUUGAACAGAGAAAUAAGAAUUACACUGCAACUAAUUUCGAUAGCGUAAACCCAUUGUCAUCAACUUCAAUAGAAAAUAGUAUCAAAGCUUCAUCUCCUGCAAGUCCGAAGGCAAAAAAAGGAAGAAAACGCAAAAGGAAUGAAGAAAAUUGGAAGAGAAAUGUAAACAAAAUGCUGCGAAAUACUGGUAAAGCUUAUAAAAGUGCUAGCAAUAAAAUAAAAGAAGAAAGAAAAAUUAAAGAACCGUGCGGAGAUAAAUGUCGUUUACAAUGUAAAUCUAAACUAUCUGAAGAUGAAAGGAUGUUAUUAUUUAAGAACUACUGGGCGUUAGGUGAUAACAAAAAACAAUGGGAAUACAUUUCAAAGAGUAUGUCAAUCAUUACACCAAAAUAUCGUUACAUUCGUGAAGGAGGAAUAAGAAAACCUCGUAAUAAGAAUCACGCAUUUCAUUUUAAGUUACCCGAUAAAUCAGUGAGAGUUUGUAAAAUAUUCUUUAAGAACACCUUAGGUAUUAAUGACCGGCCAAUUCGCACCGUUUUAGAAAAAGAAGAUCAAGUGGCAAAUUGUCUAUUGGCUGAUGACAAGCGCGGUAAACACGACAAACAUCCGCGGGUUGACGAAGCAAUCAAAAAUGGCAUUCGUGAAUACAUAGAUGCGAUACCAAAAAUCGAGUCUCACUAUACAAGAUCCAAUACAAGCAGAGUUUUCAUAGAUGGAAGUAAAAAUAUAGCCGACAUUCACAAAGACUAUGUGGCAAUUCAACAAAAAAAAAAUUUACCUUUCGGCAAUUAUGUCCUUUUUUACAAAAUAUUUACUCAAGAAUUUAAUAUAUCUUUUUUUAGCCCAAAAAAGGAUAUGUGUGAUGUGUGUGCUGCCUUUGAAAACUCUGAUAAUAAAGAAAACCUAAAAGAAGAACAUGAUAAACAUCUGAAGGAAAAAGAACUAUGUCGCGCAGAGAAGGCAAAAGACAAAUUAAAUGAAAAUAUUGUAACAGCGGUCUAUGAUCUUCAGGCUGUAUUUCAAUGCCCCAAAGGUGAUGUAUCAGUCUUUUAUUAUAAAUGUAAGUUAAAUGUAUUUAAUUUUACAAUUUGCGAUUUAAAAACAAACAAAGUAGAAUGUUUUGUUUGGGACGAGUCCAGUGCUAAUAGAGGUGUGAAUGACUUAGGAACUUGCGUAUACAAGUAUCUAGAACAGAUUUCGUUACUCAAUAGUGAUAAGAGUCUUGACAUUGUCUUUUACUCAGACAAUUGCGCAGGCCAGCAAAAAAACAAGACAAUUAUUGCAAUAUAUUUAUUCGCAUUACAAAAGUUCCCUAACCUCCAAACGAUUACACAUAAAUAUCUUAUAAAAGGGCAUACCCAAAACGAGGGUGAUGCAGCUCAUUCACUAAUAGAAAGACAAGUAAAAAAACUGCUAAAAGCUGGACCAAUGUACACACCAGAAGCCUUUAUCGGUGCUAUAAAAAUGGCUAGAAAAAACCCUGAACCAUUUCAUGUGAAUGAGAUGUGCACAGAAGAUUUUGUUGAUUGGAAAGAUGCAUGCACCCAAAUGGGAGUCAAUUUGACGAAGGACGAAGAAGGAAAUUCAGUUAAGAUUGGAAAUAUAAAAAUUUUGAAGAUUGAAAAGGAUAACCCACGCAUAUUAUUUUACAAGAACUCUUACGGAGAAGAAGAAUUUAAAAAAGCAGAAAUUAUCAGAAAGAAGAAAAGGAUUGACGUAAACGUCAAGAAAGCUUAUGAUUGUAAACCAGGCAUAUCGGACAGAAAAAAAGCAGAUUUGUUAGAUUUAUUAAAUAAAAACUUAAUUCCACAGUUCUAUGCCCGGUUUUACAAUUCUUUGUAGAGUUUAGGGCAAUAUUAUGAUUCUAACAGUAUUUUAAUAGUUGUUUUGAAUUAUUUCUAAUUAUAAUUGUUAAUACUUAUUUUAUGAUAACCACUGUUUCUUUUUAUAAAGAUUUUAAUAUGACUGUGUUGUAGUUCACUUUUGAUUAAUAUAUUAAUAAAGUUUUUUCAAUAUCA